AGUACAAAAUCAAAAUUUCUUGUUUCAAAGUCAUCAAAUCACCAAAAAAUGAGUUUAAAAUUAUCGUAAAAUACAUUCAAAAUUUUAUCCUAAUCAUAAAAAUGAAAUAAUCCAGUAUUAAAACUAAAAAAAAAAAUAGAAAAAACCUUUUAAAAAUUAAAAACUUCAAAAUUGCGCUUUUUAAAAUUAACCAGUUAAAAAUAUUUAGUAGAAUGACGAACGUACAAGAACCCGAUCAAGUUUCUACUGCAAGUAAAAAAGUAAGGCCGAAGUCGAUUAAGAAAAGUUCAAAAAAUGAAUUUGCGGUAACUUUCACUUUUGUCAAAGGAGCGGAUAAAGAUAAAACAAAUACUGUGGAUUCUUUAAUGGCGAGUGUCGGAGCUUUUGACAAUCUUAGCAUGAAGAAUAUUAAUGUAUUAUCUGUGCUUGAAACAAGUAAAGAAGCACUUUGCGUUCAAUACACUGAACAAUAUGACCAAUUGGCUGCUGGCCAUACUGACGGAGCAGUAAGAUUUUAUAAACCUGCUACUCUUGAGCUAUUACGAUCUUUAAUCGACGACGAUAUAACUGAAAAUCCAGCUCCUGUAACAUGUCUGAAACACAGACCGCUUUCAAAGAAUUAUCCUGUAACACACACGUUAAUUACUACAUAUGCAAAUGGUUGCGUGAAAUGUUGGAGCUACAAUUUUUCCCAAUGUUUAUACACAAUCCGCGAAAAACGACAAACUUAUGGUGUCGCCUAUCAUCCACGAUUACCAAAAUUUAUCACCUGCGGAAGUGAUGGAAAAAUUAAUUUGUAUGAUGAAGAGAAUAGGAUUCAAGAACGUAUAUUUUCUGGAAGUGAAUCUGCAAGUCUUCUUGAUGGUCAUACUUCAAGAGUUUUUGCUGCUUGUUUUAAUCCCCGAUCAAAUCACGAGCUUAUAACGGGUGGUUGGGAUGACGUGGUUUACUUUUGGGAUGCGAGACAACCUUUUGCAGUACGCCACAUUUCCGGGAUACAUAUGUGUGGGGAAGGUUUAGAUAUUAGCCCGAAAGGAACUGAAAUAUUAACAUGUUCAUGGCAGGAAAAUGAUCAAAUACAAGUUUGGGACUAUGGUUCUGGUAAUUUAAUUCAAACAGUUCGGCCGGACAACGUGACUAGUAAAUUAUAUUGCGGAAGAUAUCUUAAUAAGGAUUUCUUUGUGUGUGGAGGAACGGAUAAUAAUUUAUUCAGACUAAUAGAUGUAAGAAAUUACGUUGCGCUUGCUUAUAUAGAUAAAUUACCAGGAGCUGUAUACUCCGUGGCACUUGGUCCAAUGAAAAAAUCUAAACAACCAGUAGCAGAGGUUCCAAAGAAAAAAGGUUUAGCCGGUGUGGAUGAGUCCAGUCCCAACUCAGAUUUUAAUCAAGCACCAAUACCAAGAAUGGCUGUAUCGGCCGGGAAAAGAAUAUACCAAAUAGAAUAUACAUAAAUAGUUGUAUCUCUUUA